AUGGUAUAUUUACCAGAGUUUUCUUUGCAGGUGCUGAUGUUCACUGCAGCCCUUAAGGUGAUGACAUCAUGGCCCUGGCCAAUGAGGAUUUUUUCCCAGCCUGGGAAUGUAACUGCUAAUGUAGAUUAUCAAUACUGCUAUUAUUACACCAGGUAAUACCUAAAUUAAAGAUCUGAAAUAGAAGUGGCUCUUAUGAAAGACUCAGUGAAUUUUAUUUUAAAUGAAAGCAUCAGUUGGUGUUUUGUUUUGUUUUUAAGAAAGGAAAAGAUUCAUCUGCCCUGAAAGCCCAGUGUUAUUCAACGGUUUAUUUGUCUGCUUUCAAGUGGCAGUGAAGCUCCUCAUAUUGCACAUGGUGAGACAAAAUGGACAGUUCGAUAGCAGGUGGGUAAGUGUUUCUCAGAUUAGAAGUACAAUUCACUGCAGUAAUUUAGGUAGAUAUCAUUAGGUAGGCCAGAAGAAACAUAUUAUUAGAAAGCAGAAAAUUAUUUUAGGGUUCUCCCCCCUUUUACAAUCCAUAAACAGCAAGUCCAUUCACUUGAAGACAUUUUACACCGGAAAAUUCUCAGCUUCUUACAAAACAGUGAACUGCAAUUUUCUGUCCUGUGCAAAGGGCAAAAAUUUUUAAUUUUGAAACAUUUAAUGGUUUUGUAACAAUGAAACAGCAUCCAAUUACUGAGUGAAGGAAUUCCCAUGGCUAUCGUGUUGUACUGGCAACUGGAGUUUCCAGACCCUUUUCAAGGAAAAAGACCAACCAGGCAUCAAAUGGGCACAAUAUCAUGAAUAUAGAGUAGGUCCCUGAAUGGCUCUAUUGAAUUUGUUGUGCAAGUCACAUCCAAUUUCUUUCCAAACUUGAAAACUAAACUUGGAGAGGAAAGCAAGUGUUGAGACAAUUGAAUCCUUUGUUCAGUAGAUGUAAGAACAUGUUCAGUUAAAGAGAUUCCUGAACUGUAGAAUAAUGUUCACUGUGGCCAAAGAAAUAAGCAGGGUGUUAUAGCAGUUUAGUUCAGAACCAAGCUUGGAAGGAUGGGAACAGCUGACUGCAAUUUGUUGCAUAUUUGUAUUGCUAUGUUGUUUCUGAAGGGCUUACAUAAACUUGAACCUCUUGCAAUUUAUCUGGAAUUAGGUCAGUCGUUCCUUUGGCUAUUUUUUUGUUCCUCUGGCAGAGGUCCAGGCUAACCAUUUCCAUUUUAUUCCAAACAGUUACAGCUCAUGA